CCGCCAUCAUGGUCGAGCUGCUGCACAAGGUCCGCAUCUAUGAGCACCGGUUGUGCAGACACUGCAACUACACCUUCCAUGCCCCAGUCUGCGCCCCGCCUGCAGGGGCAGACAGUUCCGCUCUACGCUUUGGACACGAGCUGGAGGUUGAGGACGUUCACUUCAUCACGGAGAGCGCAGCGUCGACGCAAAGUUACCUCGCGGAUAUUGAGCUAGAGAUCGAGACGCUGCAGACCACUCUGCGAUGGGCACAAAAGGCCCGAGCCGAGCUGAAGCAACUGCACGAACUCCAGCAGGCGUAUCUUGCGCCUGUGCGGAAACUACCGACGGACGUCCUAUCCAUUAUAUUCGAACACUGUUGUGGGGAUGAGAUCGAUCUGACUAGCUGGUCAUGUCCUCCCAUCGAUCUUAGUGCUGUUUGCAAGCUUUGGAGAGAAACUAUGCUCAGUAUGCCUGCGAUCUGGGCUCGCUAUUCGCUGGAGAAAGUGGAUCGCUUCACGUCGAGGCCAGGGAGGCUCGCAGCCAGGCUGCAGGCCUUUCUGAAACACUCAAGGGACCUACCUCUAAAGCAUUGGGUUUACUACGAUGUAAAUUCAAUGGUCGACGUACAGGAUUCAGACGAGGAAGACAUUGCACCCCUGGAUCUACUUCUCGCACACACACACCGCUGGACUGCGCUCCGCGUUUGGUGCGAUUCGCGCUGUCCGCCUUAUCUCUUCUCCCGCGCACUUCAAGGACGACCCUUCACACGGCUGACUUCCCUUGAAGGGAGUCCAGAUGACCUUCGGAAGAUCGACGACGUCUUCAUGCUACCCACUUUACGUUGUUUGUGGCUGACUCAAGGCUCAUCCUCCAGUGCCAUACCGGCCAAACUGCCGUUCUCGCAGCUAACAGAACUGCACACCCACUUGCGCACUGGCUACGCGCUCAGCAUAUUGCAGCUGUGCUCAAACAUCGAAGUCGUUCAUCACGCUCCCCCAUUUGGCUUCGGUGGAGAGGGGCGGGGGCAUGUGCCGAGCGCCGUCGUUGUGCUACCUCGUCUUCGACAGCUCGUCUUGACCAUCCAGGAAGAAUAUGACCUCGUCUUGCUCAAUGGUAUCGGCGCGCCUGCCCUCCAGAACCUAUCGCUGAGAUGGUCAGACCCUCUCAUGUCUCGGCGGGCCCCAGCCUGUGUCGGCGCCUUCAUCGCGCGAUCAGCUUGUCGUCUGCGUGAGCUGCGCCUUGACUCCGCCCCUCUGGCAGAGCAAGAGUGCAUCAGCUCGUUCGACGACCUCACAACGCUCGUGCUCUCCACGGGUAUAUCCUGCCCUCCCAUACGUCCGAGUUUGCUGGAGGAGCUCAAAUCCCAAGACGGGACAGGUGCACCUCGCAUGCUUCCGCACCUGCAGAAUCUGCGCCUCGGGCAUUUUAUCAUGUUUACCGCCACCGAGCUGGCGGAAGUGGUGCAGGCGCGGCGCUUGAUGGGACAUCCCUUGAGAGUGGUUACCUUUCACAACGACCAGUACGGAGAAGCUGAUUCUGCUUGCUAUGAAUAGGGGGAUUGGUUGGACAUGGCUUGCACUACACCUGGAUGGUAUAAGCUUG